AGAUAACGUUAAAAUCGCCUCGGAAAGCUGAAAUGGUGGCAUCCACAAUCAUACCGCAGGCCCUCUCAUACCUUAAAUAAUUCGGGGCCGGUCCUUUCUAUUUGAACUCUACAAGGAUGAACAACCGGCAAAUAAUAAAGCAUAGCUUGAACAUCGUUGAUAGACCGCUUUCAAAGAACAGAUCGGAGGUACCUACUGUGAGCUUAAGUGCCUUUGCCUACCUCUUCAGUGAAUAUAUCCAGUACUUAGUAGAUCGGGCGAACAGCAUUAGUGAGCUUGAAGACAGGCUCGAAAAGGUAGGCUUCGAGGUGGGGAUUCGCAUCCUGGAGCUGCUCUCCUACCGGGAGAAGGUCCUCCGGCGCAAAACCGACGUGCUAGACAUUCUGCGUUUCAUCCAUGGCCCCGCCUGGCAAUACCUGUUUGGCAAGACAGCGGAUGACCUGCAGCAAGCGGCGAAUGCAGACGACGAGUACUAUAUCCGGGAUUACGACCUGUUGGUGUCUCGGUACAUCUCCGUACCUCGCUCAUAUGAGCCGUUUAACCCUGGAACGCUGGCGGCGGGCAUCAUGCGGGGCAUGCUGGACAGCGCCGGAUUUCCAGCAAGGCAAGGCGGGGCGGGGCCCGAGGUGACGGCGCACUUCGUGUCUCACAAGGACCGGCAGCGGCCUAUCACCACUUUCAUGAUCAAGCUUGAGCCAUCCGUUAUGCAACGGCAAGCUUACUUGGAAGCGGCCAAGAAGGGAUAACGUCCUCUGUUGAUAAUGCGGGGUCCAACAUUGACAUAUGGCGAUAUGAGGAGGGUUGGAAAAAGCUGUAUGGCAGAUAUCUCGUAUGAAGCUCAUCUCACUGCCUGCACGUUGCUAAGCUGAUGUAGGUGCCCGUGUGUCUCAGCUGCAGACAUCAGGAGCCGCCAGAAUGUUACCGUUCUGUCACGGGAAUGUUGCCAACACUCAAAAAGCGUGUGGAAGAAGCGUGUGCUGACAGUUCUAGAAUGUAACAUAACGAUUCC